UCUCUUCCCAGACUUUGCGACUUGGUUACCAUAGAAUCGGUAAAUAUUUGCAUUCUGUGUGGUGUGACAGCUUUUGGAAGGUCGGUCGGCGGGUAUUCUGCGACGGAAUGUCUUGGAGAAUACCUAAGGACCAAAUAAUGAAAGUAAAUGUGUGAAUUCCAAUUAGGAAGACAUUAAUUAAUGCUGUAUUUUACCUGAAAACAAAGAUUUGCGAUUAUCUUAAAGGUCUUGCCGGUCUUGUUGCCAAAGUGACUUUAAGAAGAGAGAAGAACUGCUGACCCUCACCCAAGACAACAACCAACCAGCCAAUCCGUCACCCUACAGAAAUGCAGUUGAAUCAGUUACCCAAAGAAUGUCUGCUAAAGAUAUUCCAAUACCUGCCGUUAGUUGAUGUUAUCUUGGGAGUGAGGUCAACUUGUUCCGAUUGGUACAAACUCAGUUUCAAUGGAGUUCUUUGGAAAACAGUCAAUCUCAACAAUCGCAAUAUGGCGUCACGCAUGAGCGAUGGAAACUUUUUAAAUCUACUUCGUUCUGUUUCAGACAGUGUUGAAGAGAUUAUUUUUGGUUACAGUCCAACCAUUUCAGAAGUCAGCAUCCUUCACGAAGAAAUUCACUGCCCGAAUUUAGUCAGCAUUGACUUACGUAGAAUUACCGUUGAUGCCAGCGUUGUAGAGAAAUUUCUCACGAAAUAUCCAAGAAUGGAGAAGUUGUCCUUGGAACUAACUCUGGCAGAUAAUUGCACUCAAUUUUUAGAAUUUUUCCAGAACCAGGACUUCUCUUGUUUAAAAACCCUUUCUAUUAUAUUUAAACUUGAGGAGGACUGUGAUAUAAAUCUCCAAGAAGGCCAGGAAUUUGAAGAGGUGCUCUCUAAGAAUCCAACACUUUGCAACUUGAACUCAUUGUUGGUUGAUGCUAUUGUUCCCUGUACAUCUUUACAAUGUUUUACAAUCAGCUUCAGCUAUUUAUCAGGUGAAACCUUGUAUAAAAUUCUCUCUGCAACUAAGCAAUUGACACACCUUAACAUUGCUGGUUGUUGGUACGUAACCGGCAAAGCGUUAAAUGCACUCACCCCUGACUGUGGGCUUGUUAAUUUAAACAUGGAUGACACCAGUGUAACGGACGAUGCCAUUAAAGUAAUGGCCGAGAGAUGUCAUCGACUGCGGUCUGUCUCAUUGGAAAAUUGUCUGUGCAUAACAGAUAAAGGGGUUAGCGUUUUGGCGCAAAACUGUCCCAGUAUCACAGAUUUCUCUCUCAACCACAGAAUUUUUAAUGAAAACACAUUUGAUGAUUUAACCGGUGGAUCAAACAAACAGUCAGUACGCCAAGAUUUUGAGAAAAUGAGUGUGAAGCCCUUUUUAAAUGUCACUGAUGUUAGUAUCUUGUCUCUGGUCAACUAUUGUCACAACUUGAGUAAACUUGGUCUUGCUGGUUGCAUGGCCCUCACUGACCAGGCAGUCGAACAGAUAGCCUGUUCUUGUCCUUAUCUAACCCUGUUAAACCUAUCUGCAUGUAUGCAGGUGUCUGAUCGCUCUGUUGAGUCGGUCCUUCAGAAGUGUCAAUUCCUGGAAAUACUUUUCCUUAGAAACUGCAUCAAUGUUACCAAAUUGACUUUCCCUGGUACCAAAACCAGAAUUUAUUCAAGCGAAUGUGAUGUCUCAAAUGAUGCUCAGAAUGUGACCGAUUCUUGUGAUAACGUGACCAGAAGUUGUGAACCAGAGGUUGAAGCUGCUGAGAAAAUACCUGACCAAAACAAAGCCGAUUGCCAGUUGCAUCAGCAAUGUCUUCGAAAGCAGGAUUUCAAAUUGACCAUUUUGAAUCUGAACUUCUGCACACGGAUUUCAGACACGUCACUCAUGCAGAUUGCCCACAACUGUCCAUGGCUGCGCAAGUUAUUCUUAUGCAGUUGCAUUCAGAUCACAGACUCUGGCGUUGGAGCGAUUGCAAAGAUGUGUCCUCUACUCAAUACUUUGGACAUUAGUGGUUGGUCAGUUUGUCACGGGGAACACAUGCAACUGACCGAUAACAGCCUGAUGGAACUCUCUGUCCAUAGUCAGUACCUGUCAUGUCUGGUUGUCGUUCGAUGCAUGAACAUCACCGUAAAGGGAAUUUGUGCUGUUCUCUCUAAGUGCAGCAAAUUGCGCAAGGUUUGUAUCAGCACUGGUGUGCACUUCAAAAUUAGAAGCAUUGCCCUGCACAGCAGUUUGCAGAAGAUCGAAGCUUACACUUCCCUCAAGAAUUACAAAGAUUCAAACCAAGAUAACUUUGUCGUUCUUGAAUUGUACCCUUAUAACAAGAGGUUACUUUAGAUACCCCUGUUGAUCGAUAUCUACCCCAAUGUAUGCUCCCAGCUGUAGCCACCUUCCCUACAAAUCUUCAGAUGUGGCUAGCACGUCCAUUCAACCCAUAGUGGUUUAGUAUCAGUUGUACCUCACAGGGCUGUCUAUAUCUCCCAGAGCUUUCGAGAAAGUUUCACCACAUCAUGGAACUGCUAUACCACCUCACCACAUUUCUGUAUACCUCAAUCUGUAACCAACAUUGAAGCACAACACCAUGACAGUACCCCACCACUCAAACACACCACAGAGCUCCUUAUUUCCUGUUUUCUCUGCCUGCAGAAGAAUGCCCACCGACUUAAGACCGUUGCCUCUGUAGUAUGAAUUGAUGUUAUUGGACAUAUCAUGUUCUAUCAGCUGUACUCUUAUAUGCUGGCUUAGGGCAUGCCGGAAGCAGGUAUUAAUUUUGGAGUUUUCUUUCUAGAUUAAUUGCUUUCACUGCAGCCAGGGAGCUCAGUCUACCCUUACAGAAAUAUAUCAAUCCCAUUGAUGGGACCCUUCCUGGUACCACCAUUCAAGGUCUGAGUGGACCAGGGAGUAAUGGUAACUCCAUGCUCCCCACAACUCAAGAACUCCCAAACAGGAGCUUUACUCUUAUACGCUGGCUUAGGACAUGGAAAAAGGUAUUAAUUUUGGAGUUUUCCUUCAAGAUUAAUUGCUUUCACGGCAGCUAAGGAGCUCAGUCUACCCUUACAAAAAUAUAUUCAACCUAUAAUAGAUGGGGUGUUAACAGGUGCUACCUAUCUGGGUUUGAACAAACCUGGGAGUAAUGGUAACAAAGGAGUGACUCCAUAUUUCCCAGAACUCCAGACCUGAACCCUUAUUCUUCCAUGCCAGCUUAGGGCUUGUUGGAAGCAAGAAUUAAUUUUGGAGUUUUCCUUCCCUAGGCUGCUUUCACCACAGCUAAGGAGCGCAAUCUAACCUCACAAAAAUCUAUUCAAUGGGAUCCUGACAGGUACCACCAUUUCGGGUUUGAAUGGAGCUGGGAGUAAUGGUAAUGAAGGGGUCACUUCAUGCUCCCUACAACUCCAGAACUCAUAAACAGGAGCCUCACCACCAGAUAUAGUUUAAUGUCAUACCCAGGACAAGCCUCUUUUACCCAUGGGGGAUCUAUUUAGCCCCUAGGUGUGACCCCGACAGGUACUACCAUUCUAGGUCUGAAUGGAUCUGGCCCUAAUAGUAAUUAAGGGGUGACUUUACACUCCCUAGGACUUUAGAAUUCCCAAACUGGAACCUCCCCACCAGAUGUAGUUUAACUUCAUACCCAGAACAAGCCUCUUUUACCCCUUAGAAAUCUAUUUAAUUCAUAGAUGGGACCCUGAAAGGCUCAGGGAGUACUGGUAAUUAAUCCCUUUGAUAUCAACCCACCCAAGUUCGCCCUUGCUUCUGUGAUACAAACUUCCCAUUUUAAGGGGAUCUAAGUAAAAAUCUCCCAAGAAGCUUCUAUAUUGAUUUAUGUCCCAAUUAUCAGCUUUGUAACGAUGAAGAUUUUUUUGUAAAUUCUUAAUUAUUUUCAAAAUUAAUUGAAAUAAAGAAGGUGUAUUUCAAGAGGAACAUGUUAACAAAAGGGUUAAGGGGUGAGUCCACUCCUACCCCCCAGAUCUCCAAGAGCCUCCAAAACCAGAUGUAGUUUAAUGACAUACCCUGGAUAACACUCACCACUAAUAAAAUACAGAAUUAUCACACUACAUCAGAAAAUUCAAUCAUACCUCUGCAAUACAUCACAACACCACUGCACCAUCACCAUCACCUCUGCUGUACACCACCACACUGUUCCACUUCUACUCUCUUAUCACCAUACUACACAACCUUAGCACUACUACCCACUCUAUGCUAUCAAAACACCACUGUGCCUUACCAUCCUUCUCUCUAUACUAGUGUACUACACAACACUGUACCCGUAUACCAUACCCUGCCACUGCAAAAUUAUUCCAUGGGAGACAAGAAGCCCAUGCUAAAUGUUCGUUCCUUCACCCCUACCCCUUCUGAAAGUUACACCCCUUCCUCCAAUCAGUAGUUAAGAGGUUAAAGACCAGAGGUCAACUGUUUACCUUUGGUCCUUCCGCAAUAUGGAAUGUUAGAUUAUACUUGGUGCUUGAGUUUAAAUUCUGGCAUUUCUCCAAGAAGGGAUAAAAUAAUUAUUAAAAAAAAAUUUAAAAAAAGAAGUACAAAAUAAUAAACAGCCUGGUGUAUAAUUAAUUGAACCUUUUUCAGCCAUCAACUCCCUUUUUUUUUCACCUGACACAUAACACUACAAAAUCAAAACCUAUGUGCCUUGCCUCAACAGCCCUUUCAUACCAAAGCAAUACCUUUGCCCCUAUUCAAAAUCUUGUACACCCAGUCAUAAGAAAUAUACUUAAUGCCAUCCGAGUGGGCAUAGAUUAAGUGUGAUAUGAUGGACUGUAUACCCCUUAACUCCCUAACAUACUGCUGGUGAUACAAUUGAUUCUGCCCCUUUCAACCUUACAAAAUUUAGCUUUUUGCCUAUGCAAAAUAUGUAUUAUUAUUCUUUUUAACUCAGGUUUUUGUUCAAACCCCUAGAGUCUUGCAUGCGUAGCGAGCUUGAUGCCUGCAGCCUACAGUACGAUGCUAUCAACUAAUUAAUAGUUUCCUUAUUAUUAUUAUUAUUAUUGUUGUUGUUGUUAUUAAGGCGGCUAGCUGGUAGCAUCGUUAGCACGCCAGGUGAAAUGCUUAACAGUAUUUCGUCUGCCACUACAUUCUGAGUUCAAAUUCUAC